UAUUUUUAAAAUUUAAUUGCUCCGUCACGUUUUUUGCUCUCUUCCUUCUUCUAUUUGAUUCUGUAACCAACGGAAUCCACAAUGCAACAACAACAACAUGCACUUCAUCUCCAACUUCUCUCCAUUUUCUUUAAUCUCCUCUUUCCGAACAGCUUCUGACCUAAACUAAAUAAAUACGUUUUGAGCAUGGCGACGUUGAUUGUUGUAUUGUUUUCGAAAUCCAUUUCAGUUCAUUUUACUGGAGGUGAAUUAUCGAUCGCGAAGUUCAGUUAACAGUGUGUAGUUUUUGAAUUUAGAGUGUGUGGUUUUGAUCGUGAAGGAGGUACACUACGCUGCAUGUGUGAGUGUUGAGGGGUCCUCUGCUUUGUUUUGGAGGAUCCCUGUGGUAAUUUGUUCGUAGCGUUUAGCGGGUGGUUGCUCUGAAUUUUGCUGUGGAAAUGUUUGGUUCGAUAGUGGGGCCGGGUAGAGGGCAUGGAAGUGGUGGAGUUGCAGGACCAAUUUUGAUUCCCAGGCGUUUCGUUUGGCCUCAUGGAGGAAGAAGGGUGUUUCUAUGUGGUUCUUUUACGAGGUGGUCAGCAUUUAUACCUAUGUCUCCUGUGGAGGGAUGCCCGACUGUAUUUCAAGUUAUUUGCAGCAUAAUGCCAGGAUAUCAUCAGUACAAAUUUAAUGUGGAUGGUGAGUGGCGGCAUGAUGCACAGCAGCCAUUUGUAAGUGUAGACUAUGGGAUAGUGAAUACUAUUUAUUUAGUGAGAGAACCAGAUAUUUUGCCUCCUAUCAUAAGUACUGAAACACCUGGUAGAUCCCACAUGGAGGUUGACAAUGAUGUCUUUGGGCAUGUGGAACGAAAUCCGAGGAUUUCAGAGUCUGAUCUGCAGGUCUCUCGACACCAUAUAUCUGUAUUCUUGUCUUCACAUACUGCUUACGAGUUGCUUCCUGAGUCUGGCAAGGUUAUUGCCUUGGAUAUAACUUUACCAGUUAAACAAGCAUUCCAUGUUCUUUAUGAUGAGGGAAUAUCUAUGGCUCCUCUAUGGGAUUGUAGCAAGUGUCAGUUUGUUGGAAUGCUUAGUGCAAUGGACUUCAUUCUGAUACUAAAAGAGCUGGGGAAUCAGGGAUCAAACUUGACUGAAGAACAACUUGAGACGCAUACUAUAGGAGAAUGGAAAAAGGCAAAAGUACAGCAAAGUGGAACUGAUAGUAAUGGGAGCACAUAUCCUCGGCAUUUUGUUCAUGCUGGGCCCCAUGAGUAUCUAAAAGAUGUUGCUUUAAAAAUUUUGCAAAACAAGGUGGCAACAGUUCCUAUUAUACAUUCUUCUUCAGAGGACGGUUCAUUUCCUCAGCUGCUACACCUUGCUUCCCUCUCAGGAAUACUAAAAUGUAUACGCAGGCAUUUUAAGCAUUCUUCUGGUUCCUUGCCCAUUCUUCAGCUACCGAUUGGUUCAAUACCUUUAGGUACAUGGAUGCCAAAAAUGGGGGAAACCAAUAAACAGGCAUUUGCAAUGCUAAGGCCAAAUGGUUCUCUUGGUGAUGCUCUGUCCCUUUUGAUUCGAGCUGAAGUUAGCUCAAUACCAAUUGUGGAUAAUAAUGAUUCGUUACUUGAUAUAUAUUCAAGAAGUGAUAUUACUGCAUUAGUAAAAGAUAAAGCGUAUGCUAGGAUAAGUUUGGAUGGAGUUAGUCUCCAUCAGGCAUUGCUUUUGGGACGAGAUGCAAAUUCUCCUUAUGGGCUUCCCAAUAGCCAGAGAUGUCAUAUGUGUUUGAGGUCUGAUUCAUUGCACAAAGUGAUGAAGCGGUUGGCUAAUCCUGGUGUUAGACGACUUGUGGUUGUGGAUGCUGGCAGCAGGCGCGUGGAAGGUAUCAUUACCUUAGGUGACGUGUUCAGAUUCUUGUUAGGCUAGUUGGGAAUAUAUGGCUAUCAUUUACAUGAAGGGAAUUGCAGUGGUAGCUUUUGAAGGACUUGUUCCAUGAAAACUAGUUAUCUCUGAGCUAUGCCCUUGGCAUCGUGACCUGCUUAUUUUUCAGUCUCUUGUUAAAUGGGUACCUUAAGCUGUGGCCCGCUUGCUUUUUUAGGAUAGAAAUUGUAGAGAGAAAAGUCUGUAAAUUGAGGGUUCAGUUUUCUCCUUUAAACAACUUGACAAUACACCGUGAUUUUCUCCUUUGUGCCGGCACAAACGCAAUGUUUGUGUCCUGUGCUAACAGAAAUCAAGGAGGAAAGGAAAAAGACUUCAAUUUCAAUAGAAUUAAUAUUUAGCCGCAAGUGGCACACCGUUGGCUGGUUGUAAGUAAAAGGUAUUUUCAGUUCCAUCAUGAUUCCAGAUUUUCUUGGUAGUUGCAAGUUCAUGUUGCUAUACUUGCAUUGUGAUGAAUUCCUCUUUACUUAAUGCAUCCCUUAGCUGGCAAAUGGAUAGGACCAUAAUGAUGGGUUUAAAUGAAUUAUUUAUUUGUGAUCCAUUAAAACUUCUGAAAAAAUUUCAGCUACUCGUGACUUGGAGUAAAUAUUCAAUUCAUCUGUUAGGAUUUUUUUGUGAAUAAAUAAAAUAAUAUUAUUUAAAAAGGUAUAUGUUAAUCGUUUCUUUACAAAAAUUUUGCAAGAAAAUAUAAAAAUUAAACUUCCUUUCAUGAUUUUUAAUGUAAUUUAACAAUUUUCAAUUAAAUCUUACCAUUUUCAAUUUUUCAGCUAAUAUCCUAAGGAGCACUUCUUUGUUGCUAUUUCCGAUGUUCAUCGUGUACAGGCUAUUCAUGUCGUGUAAAGAUACACAACUAGAAUUAUCUGCAAUAGCAGAAUUUUAAGGUUAUCAUAUCUAUGCUUUAGUCUUUUUUGUUAUUUUAAAGUUAAGUAUAUUAAAUUAUUAAAUAUUUAUAAUAGGUUUUUAAAAUAUACGAAAGAAAUAAACCUGAUUGUCUAUGAUUUCUUAAUGAGGAGUACGAAUCCAAGGGAAUUGUAUCAAUCAAACUUGUAUCAGCAUAAUGCUCCUGGUGAUAUUCACAAGAAGGAAACCAACCAAGUGGUUCAGUGUCUCAUGCAAUAAUAGGCGGCAACCAUUUAAUAUAUAUAUAGAAAGUAUGCGAUCUA